AUCAGAAAAUGUAUCUGAAAUUCACCGAAUAUUACUCACGGGUGUGGUAUCGACGACGUCGUUUCAUAAAGAUAGAAAGAGCAGCCCAAACUCUCUUUUGUGACGCAACACGUAUCCUAAAAUUUGAAAGAGAGAGAACAAUUUCUCUUCCCGCUUCAGAGUAGUGAGUCAGCUUGCAUAGGAUAUAUUCCGAUGUGAAUAGACUGAAGCUUCAUUCUAAACUUUGCUGUUCGAAAAUUUAUUUUCAUCGAAGCGAAAUUGACGAAAUCCUUGGAUUCGAAAUGAAGAUUCCGAUUCGACACAGUUUUAUCGGACUAAUACUGUUGAUGGAAGCUUGUUUAUUCAUUAAAGGUGAGAAAUGCUGGAUGCCUAUGGUUUGCGACGGGCAACCUACUUGGAGAGACGUUAAGAAUGGACAGUGCACAAAAGACGAAGAGAAGGCUUUGGAAGCCUUAACGGAACAAUUACACGGAAUGAAAAGUGAGCUCCAUCAGUUAAAAAAGACAAUGGAAAAAUCAGAGACAAACUCAGUGCUGUCCUCUGUUGCAAGUGUCAAAGAAACAACUACGCCCUCUGUUGUAGGUCUUAAAGAAGCGACCACGAAUUCUGUUUUAGGUGUCAAAGAAACGACCACUCCCCAUGGAUACAAAGACAAGACAACUUCUUCUACCAGCGCUUCAACCGCCAUUGGCACAUCACCUUGGUCAACUAAGGAAGCCUUUUUCUCUACUUUUCGCCCACAAACUACAAAAGUUGAACAGAGUACAGAUAAGUGUGAAGUCACAUACAAGAAAAAAUGCUACCGAGCAGUUGUGUAUGAUGUACGGAAUGUUACCUUCCACGAUGCCAAAGCAAUCUGCAAAUCAAUGAACGGAAAACCCGCGAAUAUUUACGAUCUCAAGCAUUACCAGCUGCUGCUUCCUUAUCUACGUUCACUGAUUCCUGCUGGUCAGACAUGGAUUUACAUCUGGACUGGAAUGGAGUAUAAGAACAAUCAGCUUUUGCUGUCCAAUGGAAACCAAUCACUAUAGCAACAGAAGUGUGGUUUCCUGAUUAUCCGAUAUCCGAUGCAUCGUGGACAAAUGUUGGUGUUGUUGUCGAUAAAGAUCCAGAGUAUGCAGAUCAGGGAAUG